CAUGACAAUAACCAUUAUUGGUUAUAUAUAUUUAAAUUAUUAUUUUAUUCAUCAAUUAGUUUACUGUACAAUUAAGAUUUAGUCAUUGCAAUACACUGUGAUGUGAAGAGGUUGCGGUAGGUCUUCAGAUGAAAUAUGCCACGGUCAUGGAGCAGUGCCAACAGAGCAGAUUAAUGCUGGGUUUCAGUGUAUAUGAUCCUGACACUUGUUUGUCUGUAUUUGAUUUUUGCUGACAGGCACAUGCUGAGCGAACAAAGCUGAGCCAUGCUGGAUCCAAGCCCUCCCUCUCUGAGAGCAGUCACUCACUCCCUCAGAUAGCCAUGAACAGCUGCAAGUACAAUGGAGGAGUGGUAAGGCCACUGGGAAGCCUGGCAGCAUCAAGACGCAACCUAGCAGAGCAUGACUCUGAGACCCAGCCGCUCCAGACUCUUCACAGCUCCGGCCUGGAAGUGGUUGUCUCCAAGGGCAGUGGCGAGGACCCCAGCAAGGCGUCCAAUGAGAGCCUGGUCCGAGAGAGUGGCAACGCACCACAGAAAAAAAAUAAAGAUAUUGGCUACAAGUUGGGCCACAGGAGGGCACUUUUUGAGAAGCGCAAGCGGCUUAGUGACUAUGCCCUGAUAUUCGGUAUGUUUGGGAUCGUUGUCAUGGUAACAGAGACUGAACUGUCUUGGGGGGUUUACACUAAGGAAUCUUCAUAUUCAUUUGCACUGAAAUGCCUUAUCAGCCUUUCCACUGUUAUUUUGCUUGGUCUUAUAAUAAUGUACCACGCUCGGGAAAUACAGCUGUUCAUGGUCGACAAUGGGGCGGAUGACUGGAGGAUAGCCAUGACAUAUGAGCGCAUCUUCUUCAUUGUCCUGGAGCUGCUGGUGUGUGCUAUUCACCCAAUCCCGGGCCAGUAUGUGUUCACAUGGACGGCCCGGCUGGCUUUCACCUACGUGCCCUCCGUGGCAGACGCCGACGUAGACAUCAUCCUUUCCAUCCCCAUGUUCCUCCGCCUCUACCUGAUUGGCCGGGUCAUGCUCCUUCACAGCAAACUCUUCACAGACGCAUCCUCACGCAGCAUAGGUGCCCUCAACAAGAUCAACUUUAACACUCGAUUCGUCAUGAAGACCCUUAUGACCAUCUGCCCGGGCACCGUUCUGCUGGUCUUCAGCAUCUCCUCCUGGAUCAUCGCAGCCUGGACCGUUCGGGUCUGUGAAAGGUAUGGCACCACAGCGAUUGUGAUCCCAAGCUACACAGCUAUACCCCUCCCCUCCACUCGUUCUCUCUUGCUCUCUUUUUCUGUCUCUGUCUCUCGCUCUCCUCUCUGCAUCUCCCACUCACUCAUUCCCUCCAGGAGCAUCUCCAACAGCCUCACGCUGCUUGUAUGAAGAGCUUUUCUCCCAUCAGCUCUGCGAUUGCACCACAAAUCCCAGUCCAUGUUUUGUAAGAAGUCUUAGCAAUUGUUAAAUAAUUCAUGACUGCCUAAUUGUUUGUUUGCGGAAUGGUUUGUUUUGGUAAUCUUGAGGAGCCCCAGGGAUACCCACUUCAAAAACUGCAUCAUCAUGAUCUCAUCCCAUGAGGCAGUGUAGAUUUUGAAAUAUUAAGGCACAUUAGGAAAUGGACAUAAAGAGCCUUGUUGGGCUAAAGCAGCACUGUGAUGGAUGGGUUAUAUAAAAAAGACAGUGAUCAUUAACUGUUUUAUCUGUACUCUGUCUUUGCCAUUCCUGCCUGUGUUACCUGCUUCUCCUUACCUUUACCUCUCCAACACAUGCCUUGUAUCAGAAUCAAUUUAACCACAAAUUAAACAUAAUUCAUUCAUUCAAUUCUUUGCAGAAACUUCAAGCUCCAUUCGCACUGUCAGCAACUUGCAAUAAAAAAAACCCAACUAAAAGCUAUUCGAUUUCAGUGAGAGUUGCCAAUGUCCAGUGAUACGACCACAUUGAGAAAUGUUUAUUCUAUCCAGACACGAAUGAGGUGAUGCAAUGCGGCAACCACUAAUAGGAAUACAGCGGAGUUUCACUUGAUUCAUCUCCUGUGAGAUACUGUAGGCAAGAUGUGAAUGUUACCCCAAGCAAUUAGAUUCAUAAACUGAUAAUUGUUUGUCUUGUUCAUUGCAUGAUGCAUUUAUGACCUGCUGCAAUUACUAGACAAACAUUUCUCUCUGCUGAAUGAUCAUUUUUAGCAGAAAGAGAACUGACAUUUUUACUGGCUAUGUAUUUAGUUUGUGAUGAGAUUUUCAAAAGCUAUGGCCAGUUAUGCAGCCCAGCAAUAAUAUGACACAGCAAAAAUUAGCGGUGAACAGUAGCCUAUAAAAUGCUGUCAGUGUGAACAAGGGCACUAGAAGUUUAGUAUGAAUAUAUAAUAGAGCGGAGUAAAAAGUUAUAUUCAGAUUAAUUGCGAUCUUCAUUCUCCUUUAAAAUUCUUGAUAGAUCAUGUACUCUAAGCUACGACAAAGAAAGGCAUAUUUUACCAGAGUUUGAAGAGAAUGUAAAAUAUUCAAAAGGUGUGUAUCAUGAUUUGGACUUCAGUAAUCGACAGUGCAUUCAGUGUAGUCCGAGUCACAAACAAAUGACUUUUUAAACAGAAAACAAAAACUAAAAUCAAAAUUUGACCAAAUUGGAAAAUAUAUUGACACCUAGCCUUGUCUCUUUCC